UGCCACACACUUUAAGCGUGCUGUGUUGAUGUCAGGAGAGGACCUGAGUGAAGCCUGCAGGAUCUCACACACCCUGAUCAGAGCGUGUGUGAACGUUAGGUGGCGCUGUUACCAAGCUGUGCUCCUUGUGUGAGGCAGAAACCCCUGGAGGGAGAGAGCCACAGAGAGAGAGAGAGAGAGAGAGAGAGAGAGAGAGAGAGGGGAGAGCUUUGUGCCGUGCUCAGCGGACUCUCUCCUCUCUCCCUCGCAGAGUGCUGGACCUACAGGCGGCAGGUGUGCGCACCGGAGCUCGACCCUCACUUUCACCGCGCCCGGGACCCGAUUCGGAUACUGAACCGAGCCUGUACCUGUGAGUCGGCUGCCCGCGGUGCGUCCCCGGCUGCGAGGAUGUUGCAGUGAUCAGACGGCAGAGCAUCUCCUCCUCUGUAUCCACUCAGCCGGCAUCGUCAGCUGUUGCUCUAGCCGAGAGUCCGCGGAAGAGUCGGGAGCAACAGAAAAGGCCAAACUAUGCGACUGACUUUCUGCCGGUAGCCGUCUUCCACCCUUCAGUCGAGCCGGAGCGGAUGCGAGCGGAGGUUGCCAGCGAGCCUCUGACGAUUUUCUGCGCGUUGUCGGUGCCGGAGGAGCCGUGCCAAUGGAGAAAGCGACUCCGCCGCCCCAGCCCCAGCUCCAGCUGUCGAUAGCGAAGACUGAAAGUCCGGCGGAGGACGUCUCCGGCCUGACCGACGAGGAGCUGCUCAAGUGGACCAAGGAGGAUCUGGUGCGGAGGCUGAGGCGGUCCGAGGCCGACAAGAUGAGCGUGAUCCUGGACCACGGCAAUCUCAUCCGAGAGGUCAACCGCAGCCUCCAGCUGCAUCUGAACGAGAUCAGGGGGCUGAAGGACAUCAAUCAGAAGCUGCAGGAGGACAACCGUGAGCUGCGGGACUUGUGCUGCUUCCUGGACGAUGACCGUCAGAAAGGCAAGCGAGUGUCCAGGGAGUGGCAGCGCUUGGGACGCUACAGCGCGAGCAUCAUGCGUAAAGAGGUGACCCUCUACCUCCAGAAACUCAAGGAGCUGGAGCUUCGACAGGAGGAGGUCAUCCGGGAGAACCUGGAGCUCAAGGAGCUCUGCCUGCUGCUGGAUGAGGAGAAAGGGGUGGUGGGUGGAGGAGGUGGCGGUGGAGGAAGUGUAGGGGGAGGGAGUGCCGGUAUGGGAGGGUGCCGUAACUCUAUAGACAGCCAGAAUAGUUUGCUGCUGGUGCCCGGGCAUGGGCUCCUGAUGAGAGACGUGGGGGACGGGAGCAGCACCUCCAGUGCAGGGAGCGCCGACAGCUCCGAUCACCCUCAUCAUAAGCAGGUCCACCUGGCUCCGGGGCUGGGUGGUGUUGGUAGUGGUGGGGAGAAGGGGAGCCCUGAGCUUGUGCACAAACCAAGGUGUAGCAGCAUCAGUGGACUAGGCAGUGGAAGUCUAGGAGACAGGGAUGUGUCCAGCCCUGAGCACCCUGCCGGACGCCACCGGAGUACCAGCCUGGAGUACCCCUACACCCUGCCCCAGCUCUGCCGGCCCCGCUGCGGCUCCAUAUCCGUGCCUGACCACAGCCGAGUCAUGCGGGGCCUCAGCCCGGAAAAAUACGGGAGGAACGUGGGCCGACGCAGUCCGGAACAGCACCCCAAGCACCACAGCUCUGAUCUGGUCCUGGGCCAGAGGCAGCACUUCCUGGGUCAGGGAGACAGUGGGGAGCUCUACCAAAGGCACCACAGGAGCAGCAUUAGCAGUACCGGCUGCGGGAGCCCCGAGCCCAGGCUGGCACAUUUAGGGACCGGUGAGCACCACGAAAAGGGCUGCGUGGUCCAGGGGGGCAGCCCCGAAACUCAUAGGCACCAGUACAGUAUGAGCCCCGACCAUGUGAAGUUUGGCAGCCCUGUGAGGGACGGGCAGAGGAGGCAGGCUGGAGACGAGCUGUCGCCACAUCAUCGGAGCAUCUACAAUGGCAUGAAUGCUUUGAUAUCAGCCGGCUGCUGCACCAACAACUGUAGAAAUGUCAAGCUAUGGGACAGCUUUGAUGCCUCCUCUUGACCCCAGCUUUCCCAGAUAGGCUCCUCAAACAGAGGGGGGGUCGCAGUGGUACAGCCCUCCUGCGUCUCUGGCCUUGACAGACACGAGGGCCCGUCCACGGCUCCGGAUGGUCCGUAGUCCAUGGCCUCAUCCGUGUCCACAGCCCUGAAACAGCCUGCCUCCAUGUUUUCAUUUCUACAUAUCGAGAGUUUUAGGGAAGGGAGUUUUUUAAUUUGAGGGGGAGGGGGGGAUGCUAUUGGACGGUUGAUAAAACGUGUGAAGACUGCCACUGCUAAAUGGAUUAGAGUGGAUAUCUCUCCCUGCCAACUGUGACAUGGCUACCUCCCGGAGGGCACCCAGAGGAGGGGAGGGAUGCCGGGGAUGGGUGAGAGAAGACGAGGGGUGAGGACUCUGCACUGUUCGUGCCGCUGCCCCUCUGUUUACACAUGCAGAUCGCCGGUAGAACUUUCUACACCCCGCUGCUCUGGAUUAUUCUCCCACACUUUCCCGCUCUCUCCUCUUUUCCCUCCCUGUUUUCCCAACUCUCUCUCCCCCCUUUCGUCCCCUCCAUCUUCAAAGUGUGUAACGAGACCGGUGUAAUCUAAUGUUCUGUCUCUCAGUCUCCGAAUCCAGCCAUUCUUCAACUUUUUCAGCCAUUUCAACUGAAUCUUAAAAAUAAAAACAAAAACGUAUUUGUCAAAGAUGUUCUAGCAAAGGAAAAAAAAAACAACCUCUUUCUGUGUCUUAAACCAACAUGGUCACCAUUAAUAGCUGCUGACAGAUGUUCUAGUUCUAUAAGAUGCAAUGUUCAGGUGUAACCUUUCUUUUUUGUAUUAUCUUCUUUGCUCCCUUGAAGCGCCUAUAUUGAAGCUGGGGAUAAGAUUAUACGUUUCUCCAUGUUGUUUUUUACAAGGAAGUAAAGUCCAAGUAAAAAGUAGAUUAUUGGAUUAGUUUUCUAUAUAUCUAUAUAUAAAAAUAUAAUAUGAUUAUUAUUUUUGACUUACUGGUAUUAGAAGUAUUAUAUGAAGAUGCAUAUGAUAUAUAUAUAUCAAACAAUAAACAGACUUCUUUAUGUA